UCGGAGAGUCACGAACCAAAAAUAACUCCAGGCAGAAGAUACCUUAACCCUCCAUCCUCCACUCGGUUUGCACCCUAAACAACUUUCCCGUGAGGGACAUCGGUGGGCACGGAUUUCCGGCUGAACAUCAGCUACAAUGUGGAUAGCAUUUCCCCCUUCCGGAAUCUUCCUCUACACCAAGAAGCUUUUCUUGAGCGAGCAGGUGGGCCGUGCGCAAGCCAUUGAGUUCCUGCGCAAGAAUGCGGCCAACUCGCUCUCCAUGGCCAACCUCCUCAUGGGCCUCUCCUCCGUCCUCUGCAGCCUAAACGGGCACUACCACUAUGCAUGCUGGCUAGUCCUCACUGGCUUCGUGCUAGACCUUGCUGACGGAGCCGUUGCGAGGCAACUCAACGCCUGCUCUGCCUUGGGGGCUAAACUGGAUGACUUUGCAGACUUCACGUCCUUCGGCCUGGCCACGGGGCUCCUUCUGCAGGGCCAUGGGAUCCUCGAGGGGUUGCUGGUGAUUGUCUAUGUGCUGGCGGUGUUUACACGGCUAUGCUUCUUCACCAGUGGGAUGCCCUUUAUGUAUCGGGGUUUGCCAUGCCCCUACGGUGCCUCCAUGGUAGCAGCCACCUACUUCCUGACUGGAGGCCACCUGGUGACCAUGCGCCUGAUGGCCAUAGUGAUGGUCCUCUUCAUGGUGGACCAGGGUUUCUAUCCCCAUGACAAGGUGCUGGAGUCCCAGGCUUGGAAGAAGGCCAUCUUCGGAGGAGGUAUUUUGGUGCUCCUGUUUCAUGCCUCCUUCCUGGCCUCUCUCUACUUCCUGAUUUGGUCCGUAUCAUACAUUUUUUUCCCCAACAUUUUGUGGAGUUACAAAGUCUAACCUCGUCGGAGGACGCGAGCGGACGAUGCCAGCAUUGCACCCUGCUCAGGCAGUCUUCAGCGACUGGGAUGACUGGUCCAGUGUUUAAAAUCCAUAUUUUGUCUAAAGUUGCUGCAGUUUUUCAUCCAACUGAGGGGAUAAACUUCUGAGAGAUUUAUCCAUUACUUCCGGCGGUGUUAUCCUUGCUGGGCAGGCUGUUGUCUGAAGAAUGAAGUCAACAGCUGGCUAACAAACUGAGCCUUUGGUCAGUGUAGAUAUGUACAGAUUCUUUCUACCAAUAUCUUCUUUUAUCUUUAUAUAUAUAUAAAUACAUAUAGAAAUUAUAUAUAUAUAUAUAUAUAUGAAGAAAUAUAUAGAA